CAAACAAAGAAACACAGAAAAAUCAUUUUAUCAAAAGACUUUGAGACCACGAUGAAUUCUAAUGAGAUUUCCUCCUCCGUGGUAAAAGCUUCGUACUGGUUCCCAGAUGGAGAGAACCAGGAACAGGAUCCCAGAACUUCGGCCCAAACUAUUCCCUCAGAUCUCUUCACUCACCUUUUCUGCGCCUUCGCCGAUCUCGACGCUACCACCCACGAAGUUUUUGUCUCCGGAGCGCAUGAGUUCAUAUUUUCCACCUUCACUGAAACCGUCAAGAAUCGAAAUAAAUACGUGCAGACCCUCUUGUCGAUCGGCGGAAUAAGUGCAAACAAUUCUGCGUUUGCGUCCAUGGCAAGUAAACAAGAGUCUCGGAAAUUGUUCAUUGAUUCUUGGAUUUCGAUCGCUAGAGCAAAGGGAUUCCAUGGUCUCGAUCUAGCCUGGGAGUACCCAAGCAAUAAGCAUGAGAUGAAAGACUUUGGGCACCUAGUUAGAGAUUUGCGAUCAGCGGUUGAUGCCGAGAGCAUACUCACCUGCAAACCGACUUUGCUGUUGACGGCUGCCGUUUACUACUCAUCGGUUUACAAGAAGUAUACAUACCCAGUUAAAGUGAUGGAAAAAAGCUUGGAUUGGGUUAAUAUCAUAGCCUAUGAUUUUUACGAGCCGCUGUCGUACUCCCUAUUUACCGCUCCAACCGCCGGUCUCCACGUUUCUUCUAACAACGAAGGUCCUACUCCAAGCGGCGAUUCUGGUUUGAAACAGUGGAUUAAGGAUGGACUUUCGGAGAACAAAGCAGUCUUGGGAUUCACAUACGUUGGAUGGGGUUGGACUCUCGAAAACGAAAAUGAUACCGGUUAUCAUGCGCCCGCCGCCGGAGUAGCCAAACAUGAGGGCGUAUCUGAGGACGGUUCUAUAAACUAUGCUCAGAUAAUUAAGUUUAUAGGGGAUGAGGAAGCAACAUACGCUUAUGACUCCAAGGUUGUCGGACAUUAUUGCUUCGCCGAAAAGACUUGGAUUGGGUACGAAGAUAAGCAGAGCGUGGUGACGAAAGUGAAAUACGCUGAGCAGAAUGGUCUGCUUGGUUACUUUGCCUGGAACGUUGGAGCUGACGAUAACAGUCUUCUAUCCACCGCAGCAUCCAAAGCAUGGGGUAUUAUCGGAGGAGUUUCCACAACGAAAUGUGAAUAAAGAAAGAAAUAAAUAAUAAGAGGUGAAACUCGCCGCGUUAGUAUUCCACUCUUGUUACUCGUUUUUUUUUGGUUUGUUCUCAAUAUUUUCUAUUCUGGUUCAAAUUUCUGAAUCUCUUCAUGAACUUUAUCUCCCUUAAAAGUAUUGUCGGAACACAAUCUGAGCUACAUAGGACGACGGUGGUGUUUGGUGACUACCCUUCCACUUUUCCCUCUGAUUGUUUUAUAUUUGCCGCAACCGCCUAUCUUUUCCAGAUCCGGAUUUGCUCAGACCCCUUUAGAAGAAUCUUCACACUAGGUCUAGGUAUGUUGCAUCUUUAGAUGCUCUUAUCUUUGAGUUUUAAGCUCCAAAAUUGUAGUACUACCAAGCUUUGUAACAUAUUUGAUAUGAAUGAGAAACAACUUUUUGUUA